UUGCCUGCGCGAUGCUGCGCUCCAAAGUGGAAAGCGUCCUGCCGGCGUCCCGGCAGAGCUGCGGCCCCGCCGCCCGAGCCGCCACACUGCAUCUGAAAGAGCUCCAAGAGGAGGAGGAGGAGAACCAGUCCAAGGCUACAUCACCUGCUGUCUCCAUGUGGAGGGGGGCCAUGCGCGGGAGGCGCUACCUGCUGGAGCGGGGCAACCGACCCGGGACGGGUGGAGGGGCUGGAGGGGGUGGCCGAAGGCAAAGGUCACCCGACUGGCUGUACGAGUCAUACUGCCGCAUGAGCCAGCAGCACCCGCUCAUCGUCUUUCUGCUGCUGAUCGUGAUGGGCGCCUGCCUGGCGCUGCUGGCCGUGUUCUUCGCCUCAGGGCUGGAUAUCGAGGCUCAUGUCGCCUUUGUGAUCACUGUCCCGACGGCGCUGGCCAUUUUUCUCAGCAUCUUUGUCCUGGUCUGCAUCGAGUCUGUCUUCAAGAAGCUGCUGCGCGUCUUCUCCUUAGUGAUCUGGGCCAGUCUGGUUGCCAUGGGUUACCUGUUCAUGUUUUUCGGAGGCAUCAUCUGUCCCUGGGAUCAGGUGUCAUUCUUCUUGUUCAUCAUCUUUGUGGUGUACACUAUGCUCCCUUUCUCUAUGAAGGAUGCCAUCAUAGCCAGCGUGGUCACCUGCUCAUCUCACACUGUGGUCCUGAGUGUGUGCCUGUCAUCCGGUAGCGAGCGUGCAGAGCCGUUAGUGUGGCAGAUUUUGGCCAAUAUCAUCAUUUUCAUCUGUGGGAACAUGGCAGGAGCAUACCACAAGCACCUGAUGGAGCUGGCUCUUAAGCAGACCUACCACGACACCUGCAACUGCAUAAAGUCCCCCAUCAAGCUGGAGUUUGAGAAGCGCCAGCAGGAGCGUCUGCUGUUGUCCCUGCUGCCAGCUCACAUAGCCCGGGUAAUGAAGGCUGAGAUUAUACAGAGGCUCCAAGGCCCCAAUUUUGGCCAGGUGGAGAACACCAACAACUUCCACAACCUUUACGUGCAGAGGCACACCAAUGUCAGUAUUUUGUAUGCUGAUAUUGUUGGCUUCACUCGCUUGGCCAGCGACUGCUCUCCUGGAGAGCUGGUCCACAUGCUGAAUGAGCUUUUUGGCAAAUUCGAUCAGAUUGCCAAGGAAAAUGAAUGUAUGAGAAUCAAGAUUCUUGGGGACUGUUAUUACUGUGUGUCUGGUCUCCCUGAGUCGUUGCCUAACCAUGCCAAAAACUGUGUGAAAAUGGGUCUGGACAUGUGUGAGGCCAUCAAGAAAGUGCGAGACGCCACUGGUGUGGACAUUAACAUGCGAGUGGGGGUUCACUCUGGAAAUGUACUUUGUGGAGUCAUCGGCCUCCAGAAGUGGCAGUACGAUGUCUGGUCACAUGAUGUGACACUAGCCAAUCACAUGGAGGCUGGUGGUGUACCAGGACGUGUUCACAUUACUUCUGUCACACUGGAGCACCUGAAUGGGGCGUAUAAAGUAGAGGAUGGAUAUGGCCAGGAACGGGACCCUUAUCUUAAAGAACAUGGGGUUGUGACUUAUCUAGUGAUCAACCCUAAGGCUGAGAGGAGGAGUCCCCAGCAUCACUAUAGACCUCGACACACUCUGGACGGGGCCAAGAUGAGAGCAUCAGUCAGAAUGACUCGUUACCUGGAGUCCUGGGGGGCUGCCAAGCCCUUCGCCAACCUGCACCACCGGGACAGCAUGACUAAUGAGAACGGCAAAAUUAACACAGCUGAUGUGCCGUUGGGUCAGUACCACUUUCAGAGGCGCUCAGAGAGAACGAAAUCUCAGAAGAAGCGAUUUGAGGAGGAACUCAAUGAAAGGAUGAUACGAACAUUUGAUGGCAUCAAUUCUCAAAAACAAUGGCUCAAAUCUGAAGACAUUCAGAGAAUAUCACUGUUCUUUCACAAUAAAGCAUUAGAAAAAGAGUACAGAGCAACAACUUUGCCUGCUUUCAAAUACUACAUCACCUGUGCCUGUUUGAUCUUCUUCUGCAUUUUUAUUGUGCAGAUUCUGGUCUUGCCAAAGACUGCUGUACUGGGCAUCUCGUUUGGAAUGUCCUUCCUCAUUCUCUCCAUGAUUCUACUCAUCUGCUUCAUUGGCCAUUUCUUGCACUGCAGUAAAACAGCCUCGGCAUCAUGGCUUUGGAUCCUCCGAUCCUCCAGCAUCAUUGCCGACAAGCCUUGGCCCCGCCUCACACUCACCAUGGCUACCACCACCCUCAUCCUGGUCAUGGCCGUCUUCAACAUGUUCUUUCUGGAAGACAACCUGACACCUCCUCUACCCCUUUAUAAUAUAUCCAAUGAAACACUAUUGCAGCCUGAUGGGCGUCCUGUAGCUUACCUGGAGAAGAACAAUUUCUACCUUCCUUAUUUCAUCUACAGCUGCAUUCUGGGCCUCAUCUCCUGUUCUGUAUUCCUGAGAAUCAACUACGAGCUGAAGAUGCUCAUCAUGCUUACCGCAGUAGUGGGAUACAACAUCAUCAUUCUCCAGACUCAUGCCUCCCUCCUGGAUGAGUACAGCAAGUUCCUCUACAAAACCGAGGUCCUGGAAAGGCCAGGAGUUCUGAAGGACUUGAAGACGAUGGGUUCAGUGUCUCUUUUCAUAUUCUUCGUCACCCUCCUCGUACUGGCCAGGCAGAAUGAAUAUUACUGUAGGUUGGACUUCCUGUGGAAGAACAAGUUCAAGAAGGAGUGUGAGGAGAUUGAGACUAUGGAGAACCUGAAUCGUGUUUUACUGGAAAACGUUCUGCCAGCCCAUGUAGCAGAGCACUUCCUGGCCCGAAACUGGAAGAACGAGGAUCUAUAUCACCAGUCAUACGACCUGGUCUGUGUGAUGUUUGCGUCUAUCCCAGACUUCAAAGAGUUCUACACAGAGUCAGAUGUAAACAAGGAAGGCCUCGAGUGCCUCAGGCUGCUGAACGAAAUCAUCGCCGAUUUUGAUGAGUUGCUUUCCAAGCCCAAGUUCAGUGGAGUUGAAAAAAUCAAGACCAUUGGAAGCACUUAUAUGGCAGCCACUGGACUAAAUGCCACACCAGAACAUGCCCAGGAGCACGAUAGGCAGUACAUGCACAUCGGUACCAUGGUGGAGUUUGCCUUCGCACUGGUGGGGAAGCUCGAUGUCAUCAAUAAGCAUUCCUUCAACGAUUUCAAGCUAAGAGUUGGUAUUAACCAUGGGCCUGUGAUUGCUGGAGUUAUCGGAGCCCAGAAGCCUCAGUAUGACAUCUGGGGCAACACAGUGAAUGUAGCCAGCCGGAUGGACAGCACUGGGGUGCUCGGGAAAAUACAAGUUACAGAGGAGACAAGUCGAAUCUUGCUGGCGCUGGGCUACACGUGCUCAUGUCGAGGAAUCAUCAACGUCAAAGGGAAAGGAGAACUGAAAACCUAUUUUGUUCACACAGAGAUGACCAGAUCGCUUUCUCAAGGGAAUGUAAUGCCAUGAGCCAGGAAGCCCCAGACAGUUGUUAGUGAAAAUCUAGGAACACCAGAGACAUUUGUAAAUAAUCUCGCCUUGUCCUUAGAUGCACGAGAUCUUGGAUGUAUUUAAAGUGAUACCAUUUCUGCAGUAUCUCAUAAGCAGGGUUUGUGCACAGGGUACAUAAGUAUGGUAGCAAUUAUUUUGUAAGAAAACCAAAUAUAACAAAAAAGUGUUUUGAUGUUUUAACGCAUUGUUUUUCUUUUUUUCGUUUUUUGUAA